AUGGUGAUCAGAGAGGAAAAGGGUGUGAAGCUUGUUCUGCUUAAAUUUGGUUUGGCUUUGGCUCUUUCAUUUGCUGGAUUUCUCUACUCACGCUUCAGAAUCAGAAGAAUCAAGCCCUCCAAAUCACGCAACGGGGCUAGUGUCGGUCACGAUAGUGAAGUUAAUUUAGGAGGAGGUAUAGGGGCAGCAUUAAGUACUUGCAACACCAUUUCAGAGGGAAAUUUUCUAUGUUCUGAAGAAACAUGCAUCGACAGGGUGAUAACUGGCAAUUCUCCUCUUGCUCUCUCUCCUGACAGUACUCAAAAUAGUGAUAAAGAUGAGUUACUCCUACCUGAAUUUAAUGAUCUUCUUAUGGACGUAGACUUUGGAGACACAGUUAUCAGAACUUCCUUUAAAAAAGAUAUGGAAGCACCAUGGUUAAAAGUAUAUGCAGAUACUGAGAAGGAUGAGUACGAGCAAGAAGUAAGUCAACUCAGGAACAUGAUUAGAAUGCUUCAAGACAGAGAACAAAGUCUCGAGGUUCAACUGUUCGAGUACUGUGGUCUUAGAGAGCAAGAAACAGCAGUGAUGGAGCUCCAAAAUAGAUUGAAAGCAAGCACUGUGGAGGUAAAGAUGUUCAAUCUGAAGGUUAAGACCUUACAGUCUGAGAAUUGGAGACUAAAGGAACAGGUUGCCGAUCAUACAAAAGUGGUGGCUGAGCUUGAGAUUGCAAAAGACGAAGUCAAAUUGCUCAAUAAGAAAAUUAGGUAUGAAGCUGAACAGAAUAGGGAGCAGAUCAGAAGUCUUCAACAGAAAGUUUCCACAUUGCAAGACCAAGAAUGCAAAGGUGCUUGUGAUCAAGAUAUUCAAAUAAAGCUGCAAAAUCUAAAGUAUCUUGAGUCUGAAGCAGAAGAGUUGAAGAAAUCUAAUUUAAGAUUGCAGAUAGAAAAUUCUCAUUUAGUUCGAAGAUUGGAUUCUACCCAGAUCUUUGCUAAUUCAGUUCCAGAAGACCCGGAGGUAGAUGCUCUGAAGCAAGAGAGUGAGUGUCUCAAACAAGAAAAUAUGCGCUUGAUGAAGGAAAUUGAGCAAUUACAUUCUGAUCGAUGUUCAGAUCUUGAAGAAUUAGUAUAUAUGCGGUGGAUAAAUGCAUGCUUACGAUAUGAACUAAGAAAUUAUGAAGCCGCGCCAGGUAAAACAGUUGCAAAGGACUUAAGCAGAAGCUUAAGCCCUACGUCCGAGAGGAAAGCCAAACAGCUUAUACUUGAAUAUGCAAAUGCUGAUGGACCAGGGAACAUCGUCAACUUUGAUAUAGAUCAAUGGUCGUCCUCGCAUUCUUCUUCUCUCACUGACUUUGGAGAAUGUGAUGAUUUUUCUUCUGUAGAUAAUUCAUCUGCUGCUAAAACUAACACCACAAGCCAGACCAAGCUUUUAAGCAAGCUUAGACAAUUGAUACAAGGCAAAGAUAGUCACCGUAGUCAUGUUUCAUCACAAGAAAAAUAUGGACAUCAAGAUAGCAAUCCUCCACGGCUACGUACAUCAACUGGAAUGGAGGGUCCUAGGAGUGAGUUUGCUACUCCCAUUGUUACGUAUAGAACUUCCCUUGAUUUCUCUAGGUUUACGAGUAUGCAGGAAGAAGCAAAUAGGAGGAAUUCAGAUAGUGCUUUCAUGGGAAGCUCAAGUAAAUUCAGGGCACGUACGAAAGGUUCUUUCUCAGAUUCCUUAGGCUUGGAAAAAAAUAAUUUGGAGAAAUACGCAGAAGCUUUAAAAGAUUCUAGCGUGAGUGCUAGACAUCAAAGACGUAGAAGAUCAGCAUCAUGUAGUUAG